UAUAUCAUAACUCAAGUCUUGUAAGCAAACAAAAAGCUUACCUUCCCCAACAAAACCAUCUUCAAGAAAUAAUUUAACUCUUGCUCCCUGCAGCUCUGCAGCUCUACUUUUCUGUUAUUUGUUAUUUAUAUAGAGGGAGAGAGAAUUAAAGAGAUGGGGAGAGCUCCUUGUUGUGACAAGGCAAAUGUGAAGAGAGGACCAUGGUCACCUGAAGAAGAUGCAAAGCUUAAGGAGUACAUAGAGAAACAUGGCAGUGGAGGAAACUGGAUUGCUCUGCCACAAAAAGCUGGGCUAAGAAGAUGUGGUAAAAGCUGCAGAUUAAGAUGGCUGAAUUAUCUGAGGCCAAACAUUAAACAUGGAGAAUUCACAGAUGAUGAAGAUAGGAUCAUAUGCACCCUCUUUUCUAACAUAGGGAGCAGGUGGUCAAUAAUAGCAGGUCAGUUACCAGGGAGGACUGACAAUGAUAUCAAAAACUACUGGAACACUAAGCUCAAGAAAAAGCUCCUCAUGGGCUCUUUGAUGCUGCCUAAUCCCUUCAUUAGGCCUCCUAAUCAUAUUAAUUACCAUCAAAAUCCAAUCUUGUCAUCACCCACUUGUUCAUAUUCCUCAUCAUUGCCACCUUCCCUCAGAUACUAUACCAACAACACUUGUUACAACGGAACCUCGAAUUUUACCCCAAACCUCGUAAACCCACAAGCCCAAGAUCAGUUUUUGGGCCCCAUGCAGAAUUACCAAGGGAAAGAAUCUGGGCUCAUUAUGUUUGGAGGCCAUGAUCAGCAAGCUGCUAGCUGCAGUUCUUCUGAUGGAAGCAACAUAACAUACAACAACAAAGAUCAAGUGGAUUAUGAGCAGUUGAUGAUGUUCUCGAAUGGGGGGAUUAAUGAAAUACCCGAUCAAAAGCCAAUGAAUCUGGGGAUGUUUGGUAAUCACCAAAGUAUUGGCAACACAUUAGACUACAACAUGAGCAGUCUGGAGGAGAUUAAGCAGCUGAUUAGCACUAAUAAUCUCACAUGUAACACAAAUCUGAAUUACUUUGUGGAUGAGAACAAGACAAUGUACUACUGAUGUUGACUGAGAUGAGUAGAAUGAAUCAGCAGCAGAUUUGAAUGGGUAAGGUGGUAGGGGGUACUUGAAGAUAUGAAAGUAUGAUAUGGUAUGGUGUGAGUUUUUGUUUUAUUUCCUAAUUCUGAUGGGAACAUCUUUUUGGGGCAGUACAUUGCAGUCAGUAGUGAUUGUUUUCGGGAAAUAGAUAUGUCUGUUACAACCUAGCUAGUACUACUAUGUUACCUUAUUUUAUUAAUUGCUUCUCCAUAUGUAUAUUCGGAUAUGAACUAGUAGUAAUUAUAGAGUAACACUAAGGGUUUUUUUUUGUUUCUUUU